CCCAAACGAGCAUUGUUCGCACUACCGGCUUCAAAAAUAAAAUAUCACAUCAUGAAUGGAAAGAUCUUUGUCUGGUUAUGGCGUCUACCAGAAGGAAUCAAUUAGAAGAUUCUCGCACAAGAGGCCAAUCAGUUCAUAGCAUAAAAGAAGUAAUGGGUGGUGGUCAUAUAUGAGCCUAGUUUUGGAAGUGCCAAAACUUUUUGUCAUCUCAGUUCCAUCCAUUCUGUAUAACAAUUUAUUAUGGUUUCCAACAAUCCUUAAAACUACGCAAUUCAUAGUUUCACAGAAUGGCUGUGAAGAUGGGCUGUUUGCAGCCUGAAAGAGGGAGCCCUGCGUUAGCAUUUCUGCAAGCUGGUGGAGCUUACAGAACAACAGUUAAUAAGAAAAAUUCACUAAGGCCUUUUUUGGGCAGUAGAGUUGUAGGCUUGGCAGAGAAGGGACACGGGAAGGAAAAUGAGAGGAGGAAGCUCUUGCAAUGGCAAGUCAAGUCAAUGGCUGCAGAUGACAACGGGCCGAUGGCUCAGAAGGAAGGAGAUGAAUUGGGUUCUUCCAGUUUCUGUAUCAUAGAAGGACCUGAAACAAUACAAUCCUUUGCAACAAUGCAACUGCAAGAGAUUCGAGACAAUGUUAGGAGUCGUCGCAACAAAAUCUUUCUUCUUAUGGAAGAGGUUCGAAGACUUAGAGUACAACAAAGAAUCAAAAUUGCUGACAUGAGCAGUGCAGGUGAUGAGAUUGAAAAUGAGAUGCCUGACAUUCCAUCUUCCAUUCCUUUCCUCCCUCACAUGACACCAGCGACACUAAGGAAGUUUUAUGCUACCUGCUUUUCAUUUAUUGCUGGGAUCAUUAUGUUUGGUGGCCUUCUUGCACCUUCUCUAGAACUUAAAUUAGGGUUGGGUGGAACAUCAUAUGAAGAUUUUAUUCGCAACAUGCAUUUGCCAAUGCAGCUGAGUCAGGUUGAUCCCAUAGUAGCAUCCUUUUCUGGGGGAGCAAUAGGUGUUAUAUCAGCUCUUAUGGUGGUUGAAGUCAAUAAUGUUGAGAAACAAAUGCAUAAGAGAUGCAGAUACUGCCAUGGAACUGGGUAUCUAGUUUGUGGUCGUUGUUCCAGUACAGGCGCAAUUGUGGUUGCAGAACCAGUUGCAAGAGUCAGUGAUUCCAAUUCUCCUUUGCAGUUACCUACAACUGGAAAAUGCCCAAAUUGUUUGGGUGUGGGGAAGGUUAUGUGUCCGACAUGCCUCUGCACUGGAAUGGUAAUGGCAAGUGAACAUGAUCCACGGAUAGACCCAUUUGAUUGAAAUGCAAAUUUUUUUCUCAUAGAAAAAAUGCAUAUUGAUGUAUCACAAUUAUAUGAGUCUGUAGUUAUCAAAGAGAUCGUGACUUUCGAAAUUGUCUAAAUUUUUUUCAAAACUGCACUUGUUACUUUUAAUCUUCCAAGUUAUGCCAUAAGAUAGAAAAAUCCAAAAUGGUUUUAGACAUGGUUGA